AUUGAAAAGAAAAACGACGCCGUUUGACGUUGAGAGGCAGUUGAAGGCGCUUGAAACGGUUUACGCCACGUAACCCAGUCGUAACUGCCAUUUCUUCCGGGACCAUACUAAUUAUUUCAAAAAAAAAGAAAAGAAAAAAGAAAAAGAAAAAAAGAGAGGGAAAAUGAACGAAGGAAUGAAUUUGCUGGUGAAUCUGUGAGGAAGAGGAAUUGCCCCCGACAGAAGCUCCGAAUGCUCCUCUUUCCCCAAAAAGCCAAACCCUAAUUUGUUCUUCAAUUCCCUUCUCCCCUCCACCAUGCGUGUGAUUUUUUCCUAAGCAUCUCCUUUUCCUUUUUCUCCGUAUAAUUUCGUCGGUUUCAAUCCUUUUUUCCUCUGUUUUUCUGAUCAUUCGAGCUUCGGAAGCCAUGGCCGUCGACGGCGUUUGCAGACUCGACAUUGGCGACUUUCCCGCUCCUCCUAGGGCAUUAUCGUCCCUCGCCAAGCGUCGCCGAUCGUUUUCUCUGCUAAUUUCCUCUCCUUUGAUGAUCGUUGGCCUCUCCAGGAAGAAUGUUUCGUAUCGACAGCUCCCUCAUCAGCCUCUCCACCUCUCCGUUCUCAAGCUCGAUGGCUCUUGUUUCGAUAUUCAGGUUAAGAAAUCUGCCACUGUUGCUGAAUUAAAGGGGGCAGUGGAGGCGGUUUUCAGUCACAUGCCACAGGAUGGACCAGGAAAAAUUUCAUGGCUCCAUGUGUGGUGGCAUUUCUGCUUAUGCUAUGCUGGUGAGAAGCUAGUUGAUGAUACGGACUACAUUGCAAAUUUCGGCAUCAAGGAUGGUGAUCAGCUUCAGUUCGUCCGGCAUGUCACAACUGGCUACAAUGUUAUAAGAAAGCAAUCAAACGAAUACGUGGUUUCCUCAAAACUGCACAGUAGGACAUCAUCUCGAUCGAAAAGCCACAAGCGAAACGAUCAGGACAACUACAAUGAUAUAGAGAUGGGAAGGUUUCAACAUCACAACAACGGUGAACUCUUCAUGAGCCCCGAGCCAAAGAUGGUCGUCUUUUUGGGAGGGUGGUUUUCACACACCAAGCUGGCAUCUGCGGGAAGAAUGAGCAUCAAUAGCCUGGUUCGUCCAUCGGGAUCUCGGCCUAGUCUGGUGCGUGGUUUUAAGAACUUAGUACAAUUAUGCCGUGAAAAACGCCAUUAUCAGAAAGUGAGUAAAAAGAAGAGGUCCAUCAUAGUAGUGUGAAUAGAUAGGAAUGAUUUGAUACACACAUAGAAACAGGUCAACUAGAUUUGUGUUUAGUCUAUAAUCUCUGAUGGGUUCAUUCAGAUCCUUGCUAAUAAGGUGUGAGAAAAAUAUAAAAAUUCAUAACGAUAAUGAUGGAUGCCAAAAUUUGUGGGAAAUUCUAGUCGGUGGUAUUUUUGUUUUGUUUUUUUAGCAUUGUAUCAAAUAACAAUAAUCCGGAUAGCUUUGGGGCGGGUGUGUGUCCAUGUGUAUAGGGGAGCAAAGUUCUGACUCCCUAUCAUUAAAAAAAUAAAAAAUAAUAAUAUCAUA